AUGUCAGAUGAUGAGAUUAAUCAGUUGUGCUUAAUGGAUAUAGACAAGAUCUUACAUUCCUAUGGUAAAACCUUAAAAGACUAUCCUCCUAUGCCUUUAGCAACCGAAGUUGAUAGUUCUUUGUUAACCAAAAGGGUUAUCAGGGAAGAGCUAAACUUUAAUAGGGAUGAUUUAAAUAAAAAUACCUCAGACAUGUUAGCCAUCACACCACCUGAGCAGAAAUAUGCAUUCGAUAAAAUUGUUACAGCUGUUUUGCCUCCACAUAAAUUAAUACUCAAGGUUGGUGUUCCGGUGAUGUUAUUGAAGAAUAUUGACCGAUCCAGUGGUCUUUGUAAUUGUACAAGGCUACAAGUUAGGAAGCUUGGAAAUUAUGUCAUAGAAUGUGAAGUCUUAAUGGGUAACAAUAUUGGUCAUAUUGCUUUGAUUCCAAGAAUGAAUAUGGUACCAACAAAUGAAACCGUCCCAGUUAGAUUCCAACGAAGACAGUUUUCCAUAAUAGUAUCGUUUGCCAUGACAAUUAAUAAGUCUCAAGGACAAACUUUAUCUCAUGUUGGAUUGUACCACCCCCAUUGCUCUAGUCAAAUAAUCUGGCAUCCGCUUCCACCUUCAAGUUUCCGAUCUAUCUCUCAACCCGUACCGGAGGCAUCCAGUACAUUGGCACCGUCUGUGGGGACUUUGCAACGUCGUGGCGGCAUGGCGGAUAACCCAGAAGAGCAAUCCUCAAAUUCACUCACUUGA